CUCAUAUGCUACCAGGACGGGUUUGUGCUGGUUGGCUCCGUGGCGGGUCAGCGGUACUGGUCGUCCAUGCUCAACCUGCAGAGCACCAUCACCUCGGGUGUCUUCACCCCCGAGGACCAGCAGGUGUACUUCGGCACCACGUCGGGGCUGGUGAUCGUGAUGGACGUCCACGGUGCCAUGGUGUCUCAGGUGCCGCUGCUGGACGACACCGCCAUCACGCACCUCGCCUGGUCCUGCCCAAAAUUCAAGAUGGAGGAAAAUGACGAGGCGACGGGCACGGCGAAGAGCGGUGAGCAGGGGGGGGAGGGAUUACCUUUCUAA